GACAUCUGUCAACCAUGGCACAUAAUCAACAUACCGCCACACCUGAGAAAAAUUGAACCCUUGGAAUCAAAACUCACAGCAUAUUCUAUGGCGCACAUCCACCCACCUCAAAACAUCCUCUUCAGCCUUCCCAGAACAGCUUCGCACCUCCUAACCCGCAUCAUCAACCUGCCUGCCCAACCGUCCCUCGCCCGCCCACAGAACGGUGAAGACGGCUACUUGUUCCUCCCAGUCUGCAUCCAAAGAUUCAAGAACAGUUUCUUCGGGAGAGACCCAAGCACCUGGACAGAAGAAGAACACCACCUCUUCAAACACGCCCUUCAAGAAAGCUUCAACGAAUGGACAUCCCUCCUCCAGCAAGCCCGUGCGACCGCAAAACUAACAUAUAUCAAAGAACACAUCAAUUUCCUCGUGGACCCAGUCUCCGAGGCAAGGUUCUUCGGGUACACCGCAUCAGACCGUGAUCGAAGAUUCUUCGAAGUCGAGGAUAGCAAUGCGCCGUCGCGAAUAGGAAAAAGCGAGGACAAUAUAACGUGUUUACCUGAUCACUUCCUCAUUCAUAGUGUCAAACCUACAUUCUUGAUCCGCCACCCGUGUCUGACGUUUCCGAGUAAUUUCCGCAUGGCGUUGCGGAAUCAGUCGCGGGAGGAUGUGUUGAGGGAAGGGGGUGCGCAUAGAUGGGAGUGCACGUAUUAUUGGUCGCUUUCGUUAUACCGUUUCUACAUACGGAGUGAAGAGUUCGAUAGGGGUAGUUGUGUGGAGGAUGUGAAGUUUCCUAUCGUUCUUGAUGCUGCGGAUUUAGCGGAUGAGACGUUGGUGAGGAAGUAUGCUAGAGCGGUUGGUUUGGACGAGGGGGAAAUUGUGUUUGAGUGGGCAAGGCAAGAUGUGGAGGGUGCUGCGACAGCGAGUAUUCUGGGGAGUACUGGUGUGGAGAAGGGGAAGUUGGGAGUGGAGGUGGACUUCGAUUUGCUGGAGGAACGGGCGAAGUGGGAGGUUGAGUUUGGAGAUGUGCUUGCGGACAGGUUGUUUGAGUUGGUAAGUUUGAGUAUGGGGGACUAUGAGGAAUUGAGGGCGUUUAGGUUACGUUAA